CCAUGUCGAUGUCGCACCUGUACGGCACGGACGGGGAGGAUGGCGUGGAGAUGGAGAGCUUCGAGGUGUCGGACUGGGACCUGCAGAACGAGUUCAACCCGCACCGGCAGCGCCACCGGCAGACCAAGGAGGAGGCCACCUACGGCGUGUGGGCCGAGCGCGACUCGGACGAGGAGCGGCCCAGCUUCGGCGGCAAGCGCUCCAGGGAUUACUCGGCCCCCGUGAACUUCAUCAGUGCGGGGCUGAAGAAGGCGGCGGCCGAGGAUGCGUCCGACGAGGACUCGGAUGAGGACGAGAAGCCGGUGAAGCAGGAAGAGAUCCCCAAAGAGUUUGUGUCCAAGAAGUUGAAAACGGGUGGCAAUUUCAAGCCCAGUCAGAAAGGCUUUGGAGGGGGGACAAAGUCUUUUGUGGACUUUGGCAGCUGGGAGAGACACACGAAGGGAAUUGGGCAGAAGCUGCUCCAGAAGAUGGGUUAUGUUCCUGGAAGAGGUCUUGGGAAGAAUGCUCAAGGUAUUAUCAACCCCAUCGAGGCCAAACAGAGGAAAGGCAAAGGAGCUGUGGGAGCAUAUGGCUCGGAGAGAACCAGCCAGUCCCUGCAGGACUUCCCUGUUGUGGACUCAGAAGAAGAAGCUGAGGAGGAAUAUCAAAAGGAGCUCAGCCAGUGGCGGAAGGAUCCCAGUGGAGGCAAGAAGAAGCCCAAAUACAGUUAUAAGACAGUAGAAGAACUGAAAGCCAAGGGCAGGAUCAACAAGCAGCUUUCAACCCCUCAGAAGGAGCUGUCUCAAGUCAAGGUUAUAGACAUGACGGGCCGGGAGCAGAAGGUUUAUUACAGCUACAGUCAGAUCAGCCACAAACACAAUAUCCCAGAUGAUAGCCCUCAGCUGCCACUGGGCAAAGACUUCAAGCCCCAGGGCUUUGCCUUGCCCGAGUUGGAGCACAACCUGCAGCUCCUCAUUGACAUCACGGAGCAGGAGAUCAUCCAGAACGACCGGCAGCUGCAGUUUGAGAGGGACAUGGUUGUGAACCUGACCCAUGAGAUACAGAAGAUAUCUGAAGUUCUCUCACACGAGGAGAAGGCAAUCAGCAACCUCAGCAAGGUGCUUGAGAUGGUGGAGGAGUGUGAGAGACGGAUGCAGCCCAGCUGUGAAAAUCCCUUGACCUUGGAUGAGUGUGCAAAGAUCUUUGAGACACUGCAGGACAAGUACUAUGAGGAGUACAGAAUGUCUGACAGAGUAGACCUAGCAGUGGCAAUAGUCUAUCCUCUCAUGAAGGAUUACUUCAAGAACUGGGAUCCCCUCAAGGACUGCACAUAUGGCACAGAGAUCAUAGCCAAGUGGAAGAGCCUCCUGGAAAACGACCAGCUGUUGUCACACGGUGGGCAGGACCUGUCGACAGAUGCUUUUCACAGACUGAUGUGGGAAAUCUGGAUGCCAUAUGUCAGGAACAUUGUGGCACGGUGGCAGCCACGGAACUGCGGGUCGAUGGUGGAUUUCUUGGAUGGCUGGGUAAACGUUGUUCCUGUCUGGAUACUGGAUAACAUUCUGGAUCAGCUCAUCUUCCCCAAGCUUCAGAAGGAGGUUGAAAGCUGGAAUCCUUUGACAGACACAGUCCCAAUCCAUUCGUGGAUCCAUCCCUGGCUCCCCCUGAUGCAGGCACGACUGGAGCCACUGUAUUCCCCCAUCAGGAACAAGCUGGCCAAUGCACUGCAGAAGUGGCAUCCCAGUGACUCCUCUGCCAAACUUAUCCUGCAGCCCUGGAAGGAUGUGUUCACUCCUGGAUCAUGGGAGGCUUUCAUGGUCAAAAACAUCGUGCCUAAACUAGGGAUGUGUUUGAAUGAACUCAUCAUAAACCCCCACCAGCAGCACAUGGAUGCCUUCUACUGGGUGAUUGACUGGGAAGGGAUGAUUUCUGUCUCCAGUCUUGUUGGGCUGCUGGAGAAACACUUCUUCCCAAAGUGGCUGCAGGUGCUGUGCUCUUGGCUGAGUAACAGCCCCAAUUAUGAAGAGAUUACAAAGUGGUACCUGGGUUGGAAGUCCAUGUUCUCAGACCAAGUGUUGGCACAUCCAUCCAUCAAAGACAAAUUUAAUGAAGCUCUUGAUAUCAUGAACCGGGCUGUUUCCUCCAGUGUCGGCGGGUACAUGCAGCCAGGAGCAAGGGAGAACAUCGCAUACCUGACUCACACCGAGCGGAGGAAAGACUUCCAGUACGAGGCCAUGCAGGAGCGAAGGGAGGCCGAGAACAUGGCCCAGCGCGGCAUCGGUGUGGCUGCCAGCUCCGUGCCCAUGAACUUCAAGGACCUCAUUCAGACUAAGGCAGAGGAGCACAACAUCGUGUUCAUGCCUGUGAUCGGGAAGCGGCACGAAGGGAAGCAGCUCUACACCUUCGGCCGCAUUGUCAUCUACAUUGACAGGGGCGUUGUGUUCGUGCAGGGGGAGAAGACAUGGGUGCCCACCUCCCUCCAGAGCCUCAUUGACAUGGCCAAGUGAGGCCCUGCUUUGGACUGCCCAGACCAGCUUGUGGAUGUUUUUAGUGCAACUAUCUUGGAAUAAAGAGAGAUUCCUAAAUAGACUGAAGCUGUAGCUGUGUGCCAGGACUUCUCCUAGAAGAGCUGCUGAGGUAGUGUCAGGAGAUGAAAUGACACAUGGGAGUUGGCGUGACAGGAGGAACAAGUGUUUCAGUGCUUGUAUAACUGCCACUGGUGACAGGUUUACCAGCGUGUUGAAGGGACCAUGGGCACUGAUUCUCUGCUCCCACAGCACAGGAGUGAGGGCUGGUCUGGACAAGUCUCCAUGGUCUCCUGUGACAGAGUGCCUGCUGCACUGCUCUGGCAGCAAGUUACUGUUCCUCUGCCACAGGACACAUCCCACUGCUCUCUGGCUGUGCUGGUGGCUCCUUCAGCCCAGUGCCCACGCAUGGGUACUGGGGCCCCUCUAUCCAUCAGCCCAGAGCUGGAACAUCAGGAGACUUUUUCCCAGCAGAUCACAGACCAUGUGCUGCUGCCCUGUGAGAGGCAUUAAUUUGAGAUAACUCAAAGCACAGCUUUACCUUUUAUUAAAUAAGAUACAAAACUGUCCCCUUGUGCUCAGUGUUUGGGUGCUGCCACUUCUUGGCAGAGCACUAUUACACGUCUGUGCUUGAGCUUCAUUGCAAAGCUGCCAUGUGCAGAGACAUGGCCCCAGGGGCUCAGGCCUUGGCAGCAGCAGGGCAGGACCACUCGGCUCCAUCCUUCCUCCUGAUGAUCUCCAAGUCCUCGCAGUCUUGGUACAUUGGCUCCUCCAGGAAGUCCCAGACUUCCGGGGAGAUUUCCUGCAGCUUUUGGGGGGGGAACCAGUGGACGGAGGUGUCGUUGAAGGUGUCCAAGUAGCGAGGGUGAGUGGGGAGUGCUGCUUCCUCUGUCACUUUCAACACCUACAGAGCAGUUGGGGAAAUGGUUACAUAUGACGGAGAACUUGUCAGAGAAGUCCAGUUAAGAGACAGUGAAGCUGAGGCUGGUGUUAUGUUAAGCUCAGCCCAUGUGCAGUGUGUUCUGCAGACAGAGUGAGUCUGAAGUGAUUCAUUUUUAUAUUGUGGCAGCCAGAAAACAAGGCUUAAAAAUACCCACCCUCUCUCACCUGCAGUUAACUCCCUUUCUCAAUAAAAGAUGCUCUUUCAAU